UAUUUCACUAAAAAAAUUCUCCUUUCCGCUCCGCGACAACACCACGCGCACUCAAACCCCCAAUUCAAGCGCAGAGCACCACAAAUGUGCCGCAGCCGGUCCCAAAGUUCGAAUUUUUUGAAAUCCUUCCCCCUCCCUGAUCUUCCCCCCUUCCCCCCCCACAAGAAGCUCCCUUUACCCUCUCCUCAUCUCCUCAACCUCUCUCCCAUGGGCUGCGUCUCCUCUUCCUUUCUCGAAGACGACGCCGGCAACAUUACCCCCACCUUCGGCCAUCACAUCGUCUCCCUCACCUCCACCACAUACGGCCUCCUCUCCACCCUCGACCCUGCAACUCCUCACCAAACCCCUCCCCCUUCCCCUCCUCCUCCUCCUCCGCCACCACCUCGCUCCAUCUCCCCUGCUCCUCCUCGCCGCCCCGAACCUGAAAUCAUCAACUCAUGGGAACUAAUGGCCGGUCUCGAUCCCCUCACCCCUCUGAAACCCUUAAAACCCACCACACCCCUCAACCCAGGCAAAGAGAACGCCCACCGUUCCCUUCACUUCCCCGAUCCCACCAAGAAAACCAACGUUCUCCGCCCUUCCAACACCACCAUCCAACCGCGCUGCCGCUCGCUCGAAUCAUUCGAGAGGCUCUGCCCUCCGGGAGGCGAGCAGGCCGUGGUUCUCUACACCACGACACUCGGCGGCAUCCGCAAGACCUUCGAGGAUUGCAACGCAGUUCGGGCGGCGCUCGAGAGUCUCGGUGUUUGGAUUCUGGAACGCGAUGUGUCAAUGGAUCUCGGAUUUCGAGAAGAGCUUCGUGGGCUGAUGGCCGGUAAGGUUGAUUUGCCGAAGGUGUUUGUGCGAGGGAGGUACAUAGGUGGGGCGGAGCAAGUGCUGCGGAUUCAUGAGGAGGGUGGCCUCGGAGUUCUGGUCGAAGGGUUGCCGAAGGUCAGGCAUGGCGGGGCAUGCGAUGGAUGCGGUGGGGUGAGGUUUCUGCCAUGUUUUAGGUGCAGCGGAAGCCGGAAGCUGGUGUUGCCGGCGGGUGGG